AUGUGGAGCUUAAGACUUCGAGCGCUGCAACGGCAGUUGGCUCCGACUCGCUUUCGAGCUCUUUCCAGCUUCAGGACACAUGGCUCUGAGCGCGGUCCUCGCAAUAGCAUUCAACGACCAGACCUGAUCAAACCACGAAGAGAAACGCAGCCAUCCCGAUCAAAUGAAGAGCCGCAAUCUGAACCACCUGCCCCCGAGCCGCGGGAUGCGGAGAACCCUAAUUACGACCCGUCGCUAAACACGCUGCUGGCUCCUGUCCAUCUACCAGAGGACCCCAAUGGUGUACUUAAGGAGACACAUCCGGCUACUUCAAUCCUGGUAAACUCAGGAUUGGUUGUACAGCGACAACUGGAAAUGAUGAAUGUCAUGAUUGGUUUCGAACAAGCCAACAAAUAUGUGAUUAUGGAUGCGCAAGGAAACCACAUUGGAUAUAUGGCCGAGCAAGAGAAAGGACUGGGAAACGCAAUGGCUCGCCAAUCAUUUCGCACUCAUCGAAGCUUCGUGACACAUGUCUUUGACCGACAUGAGAAUGAGGUCCUUCGGUUCCACCGCCCGUUUGCUUGGAUCAAUUCCAAAAUUCACGUUUAUGAUCCUCUCCAUCAUACACCAUCCACCCUCUCUCCAUCCACAGCUCUCGAGGGCGUCUCAGCUGGAUCUCUCGUAACUCCUGGAUCUGUGUCAAAUGCGCACAUAUCGCCGCUGGAACAUGAUCAGAUGCGCGUCAUCGGUGAAGCACAGCAGCAAUGGGCUCCCUUACGGCGGAAGUACAACCUUUUCACCCACCACAAGUCUCCCGAUCCAGCUUUAGACAUGGGAUCUCGGUCUCCAAACCCGGGUACUGAUCUAUCGCAAGGUAAUCAAGUGCAACUGCAAUCAUCAUCUAGCCAAGGCCAAGGCCAAUACAACCAGUUCGCCUAUGUGGACGAACCAUUCCUUUCAUGGGACUUCUCUCUAAAAUCCGAAAACAAUCAGUUGAUUGGGUCUGUCAACCGCAACUUUGCAGGCUUUGCUCGAGAAUUUUUCACAGAUACCGGCGUCUACGCUCUGCGCAUGGACUCCGCAGGACUUGGCACAGAAUCAUCAAAGCCAGACGUCCAAGGAAUGAGCCUCGAUCAACGAGCCGUCAUGCUUGCCACCGCUGUCAGCAUUGAUUUUGACUACUUCAGUCGACACAGCAACUCUGGUGGCUUUGGGUUUAUGCCUCUCUGGUUCCCCGGUAUGGGCGGAGAGGCGGCCGCAGGCGGAGCGGCAACUGGCGGUGCUGCGGCGGGUGGUGCUGCAGAAGCCGGUGCAGUUGGAGAAGCUGCGGCUGGGACUAUCGGUAGAGCUGGGGCCGCCGGUGGUAUGACGGAUGGCAUGGCUGCCGGUGCGACUGGAGCCGGUGCCAUGGCUGGAUAUGAGGCUAUGCAAAGGGGUUAUCCGGCUGAUCCCAAUUCGCCUGCAUCCACUAAUCAGCCAGAAUCACAGCCCACAGAGGCAGAGUCCUCGGGAUUUUAUGACCAGCCUGAAGAUCCCUGGGGUAAAGACGAUCCUUGGGGUGAUGACGCUGAUGGAGGCGACGGGGGCGGUGAUAGUUGGUCUGACUUUUUCUGA